UGCUCGUUAAAGUUGGAAGGACUUGUAGCACAAGAAAACCAGAGUGAGAGACGAGGGUUUCUUGCUCCUAUAGCAAACCCAAAUCAUCUGCAAAAUUUCUCCUGUUUUCUUUGAAACGGCCGGCUAUGUCUGCUUUGAAGUAUCUCGAGUCUCAGAGGAAUGCUCAGCCCGAGCUCGCUGAAUGGUACAGUUCACUCGCAGAUUUAUAUCAGAGGAAGCUCUGGCACCAGCUAACGUUAAAGCUCGAGCAGUUUGUUGCCCUGGCUGUGCUUCAGGCUGGGGAUACUCUAAUACAACUGUACCACAAUUUCAUAACUGAUUUUGAGACAAAAAUCAACCUUCUGAAACUUGCGCACUUUGCUGUCAUAGUUUCUCGCCAAUAUUCAGAAAAGGAGGCUGCUAUUAGCUACCUUGAAGGGGUGAUUGAGAAGCUCCGUCCUUCUAGGCAAACACGUAUAGAGGAACCCAUUCUUUAUGUCAAGAUGCAAAUAGCGGCAUUCAAGCUUGAGCAAGGAGACCAGAAAGAGUGCAAGAAACUUCUUGAAGAGGGAAAGAGUACUUUAGACAGUAUGACAGAUAUUGAUCCUUCUGUCUAUGCUAGUUAUCAUUGGAUCUCAUCCCAAUAUCAUAAAUCUCGUAAGGAAUAUGCGGAAUUCUACAAAAGUGCUCUUCUUUAUCUUGCAUAUACGAAUGUGGAGUCUCUUUCAGAAAAUUUCAAAGUGGAGUUGGCAUUUGAUUUAUCUCUGGCUGCUUUAUUGGGUGAUAACAUUUACAACUUCGGAGAGCUGCUAGCACACCCAAUUAUGAGGAGCGAGAAGAAUGUGUUGUGGAUUUAUGAAAUAUUGCAGGCAUUUAAUUCUGGUGAUUUGGUCCUCUAUCAAGUACUUUGCAGUGUCCAUAGAGAUCGUCUCAUUGAGCAACCUGCAUUAGUGGAAAACGAGAAGAAAUUAUUAGAAAAGAUCAAUAUCCUUUGCCUGAUGGAAAUCAUUUUCAGUCGCCCGUCGGAAGACCGAACGAUUCCACUAAAUGUCAUUGCAGAACGCACAAAACUUUCCAUAGAAGAUGUGGAGUAUCUUCUUAUGAAAAGCCUCUCUGUUCAUCUUAUUGAGGGAAUAAUCGACCAAGUUGAAGGUACAGUGCAUGUUUCUUGGGUGCAACCAAGAGUUUUGGGCAUACCACAAAUUAAGUCAUUGCGUGACCGGCUCGAUAGCUGGUUGGAUAAGGUUCAUACCGCCCUCUUAUCAGUGGAGGCAGAGACCCCUGAUCUAGUUGCUUCAUAGAAUAUUACGAGGUUUUCUUUAUAACAGUUAAGGUCCUAGGCCUUUUACAAAGAGAGAAGAAAAGAGAUAUGCUUACAAUUUAAAGAGUGAAUACGCUCUCUUUGUUUUUUUCCCCCCCUCACCCACCUGUUUUUGCAUGCUUUACCAUUUUUGUGAUGGGGGCAGCUUGUGUCCCUUGUUCACUAUGCGUGUGAGGGCUGUAUUUUUUUAUUCGUGAACUUUUAUAUGUGCUAGACUGUUAAGGCGGAUGCUUAGCAGACCUGAUGAGUGGCAGGCGUUAACGAACGGCUGUUCUUUCCUUUUGGGUUUUCAACUUAGAGAAUGUUAAAUGAUCUCUCGCUCUC